AUGGGUGCUGAAGUAAACUUUCCAGUCACGACAAAAGCAUGUGUUAUAAUUCCAGUCUCAAUACCAUGCUGUCCUUGCCUUAUAAGUGGUGCUAAAGUAAGUGGAGCGUGUUGCGAAAAGCAGAUAAGUAAGAAACGCAAAGCCUCCGCCUCAGUAACAACACCAAUAAGUGAGAAACAACUUCUGUAUUUCAGUGAAUCUCAGGUGCCGAAGAUUUAUUUAAAACUCGCACAUCGCUUCAGUUUAGUCCUCUCGGAACUUAGGUCCCAUCUUCCCAGAGCUUUUGUUUCUUUGUUUCUAACGCUGCACCUAUUACUACCAUGACUACUAAUGAAGCUUAGAUUUUUCUGAAGAAGCCUGAAAUGUCAAAUGUAGAUUACAGACGCACCUAAACGCUUAACUCCAAACAAAAGCUACAGCACAACAAAACAAAGCAAAACAUAGCACAGAAUUAAUAUCCCAUGGUAUCAUCUAUCUGUAGAGGCAUAUUCUCUGCAGUUUUAGCAAGAAUACACAAAACAUUUUAGUUUGACACCGCUGACAGCAGCUAGAGGGGAGACCCCUAUGUGGGCAUGCCACUAACACCACAACCUGAUCAAGGGGGGCAGUCAGACACUAUUCAUGCGUCAAGAGAGGUGGACAGACACAGUCAAAGACAGGAAAACAACACGUGUGAGAGAAAGCAAAGAAAGAGAGAGGACAGUUCACUGGUCGAAGCUGCACAUUUCCACUGCGAGUUACAACUGACAGUUCGCUUGCAGCUCGGUGGCGGCGGACUCUGCGCACGAGAGAGUUGAAGGUUUCUGUUGGUACGCGCUUUUCAGUUACCAUGGAAUCGCUAUCACUACCUUUCCAAGGAGGCCAAGGCAGCCAUGCUUUACAACUCGAAACUGAUCUGGGACGUAAGGGCCCUCGUCGCAAAAGGGAGUUCAUACCUGAUGAGAAGAAGGACGCCCUCUACUGGGAGAAGCGCCGCAAGAACAAUGAAGCAGCCAAGCGGUCACGGGAGAAGAGAAGGAUGAAUGAUUAUGUGGUGGAGUCUCAUCUCAUGGCUCUGAAAGAAGAAAACGCCAGGCUUAGUGCAGAAUUAAUGGCCAUCAAGCUCCACUAUGGCCUGGUGCAUCCCGGAGCCUACACUGGUCACCAAAGCAACCAACUUCAACGCCAUUUCCAAAGUAGCACUCAGCCCAUCACUACCCCCAGCCCCCACCACCAAUCUUUGCAGAGGAACUACUACUGGGGUGGUAGAGACUCUUCUAUCAUGCCCAGUCACCAACCCUCCCACCCGUUUUUAAUCCCUGCGUAUGCCCUCCAUUCCAUGAGAAGCUACUCAUACAUGAACACGUCUGGUAGCACCAGCUCUGGUGUCCUCACGCCCCUUGUCCUUCCUCGAAAUCUCCUGCAAAACCACUCUCCUCGUCCCGGAGCUCCCCCGCUGAAGCCCAAUCCUACGAAGAGCACCUCAGAUGAAGAGGAGGAGCAGCAGGUCCCCGGCCUCUUGUCCUUGUCCUGUUCUGCUCCGCCUCAUAGAAACACCACCAGAGUAGGCAGGAUCCACUCUCCACAAAGACAAUACAUGUCUGACUGACUGACUGGCAAAUUUGUGCACGAGAUUGUAUGUACUGCACAGUUAUUAGAUCAGCUGUUCAACAAACUAAUUCUUCAUUUUCCUUUCUAUACAUAUCCAACAUAUCCCUACUGAGAAUGUAACUUUAAAAGCUGUGUUUCUGUAAAUCGGUGGUAGACGUCCCAUAUUGCUUACCGUCGAAACUUUUACCCCCCCUACGAUUUAUGUUUGAUUAUCACUCACACUACUGCUCUGAAUAUACAUUGCCUCCAAUCCGCUCCUAAAUAAAAAAAAAAACAAAAAAACAACAAUUUUGAAUUGCAUCCAUCACUGCUGUUCAAUUUCAGAGCAGGCCGGUCAGCAUCACAAAAACUGAACUCUAAAGCUACUUCAGUAUGUGUGUUAUUGAGCAUUUCAAACAUUGGGUUGAUAGUCAGAUGCAAGUCGAGGGAAAAAAUUCAUUAACAUCAGCACGCCAUUCUCCUCUCAGAGGUCUACAAAAUAUCCAAAGCUGUCCAAGAAAGUAAAACCAUUUUUUCCUAUGUUUGAUGUAUAAAUAAUCGUGAAGUAAACUUGAAGUGUGAUCAGUUUACAAUGUCAGUUUGUAUUAAUUGGUGCUGCUGUGAAUGUGUCAAUCAGCAACAGUAGUCCUGAUUAGAUUAACAUUGAAACAAGUAUUUCUCUCAUUGAGACUUGGAAAAACAAACUGUCGGCUACAGCGUUCCUACAAACGGAAACAGUGAAGCAUGAUGAUGAUGUAUUACUUUGGUUUUGCAGUGUGGGCAGAAAUAGUCAUCUUCCCCUAUAUCGUGGACACAGUGUGUCUGAGCCUUCCAAUAUUAGAAGUUGUGUUAACUAUAUUUGACAUACAAAAUGAUUAAAAUUCUUGAAGAAUGA